AUGGAAAUAUUAAUGGAGGCAUUUGGAGGCAAGAUCUUAUCGAUAUGGGAUCUUUUACAUCAUUACCAAGAGUCAGACGAAAACCCGCAAGAACAGCUGAGGAGAUUAGACUCAAAAAGUACAUAUUUCCUUGUGCGUUGUUUGAUGCAAGAAGAAUUAAUAGAUCUUCAGAACGACAGCAACUUGAAGAGUUCGUUUGAAUAUAGUACAAACUUAGAAGAGUUUUGGUGUAAAAAGGCCAUGGGAUAUUCAAAAAUUCGGCAAACAGCAUUACGUUUCCUCAUGGUUUUUUCAACCACAUAUUUAUGUGAGCAAGGAUUUUCUUCACUAUUAUCUAUAAAAAAUAAACAACGAAAUCGUCUGAAUCCAAGUGAUGAUAUGCGACUGGCACUAAGCAACAGCAUCGUUCCAAGAAUUUCACAACUGGUAAAAGAAGCGCGCCCUAAUAAGUCACAUUAA